AUGGAUCGGUUUGACGCGGUGAAGUUCAAGACAUUGCCGGGUGUAUGCACCCGUGUUUUUGAUAUUCGGUUUGGUCCCAAGGGCCUUUCUAUUAGACACUUUGCGAGAAUUUCUCGGGACGAGCGCAUGACAUGGCUCGAGACGGGUGGAUCAAACUUUGACAACUUGUCGGCGACAGCGAAGCUCGAGAAAGCGGUACCGGCGAACUGUAUAGAAGAUUUUGUGGAUUCCACCCGUGUUUUGGUGACCUAUGCGCGAGAAUACUGCUGGCAGGAGCUAAUCGACCUGACAGAAAAAAUCCUUGAAUUUAUUGAAGGAAAACUCAUUCAUGUGUCGUGGGUCCCAAACGUGCCCUCCUCCGUGGUUUACUGGGUGAAGGAUGUGCUCGAAGACUUUCGCGAAGCGGCUGCAGGUAAUGACGACAUUCGCCAAGUUCAGGUUCGAUGCUCGACGGAUGACCGUUUACGCCGUGAUCUGAUGUUUAUUAAGGUUCAUCGGCACCAAGACAGCAACAAAAUUUGCGGCUGCAUUCCCAUGAAUGUGCUCAAGAAGAUACCUGUACAAGUGGAUCCUGCGUCGGGCGAGAAUCACUCUUUGUGCUUGCGCUUUCUAUCCUUUGCGGGUUGUGCAGAGAAGGAUGGUGGUUACCCAAGCAAUGGUGGACAUUUUGUGCCAAACCGACUCCCCGAUGGGGUAAAAACCGAGAUUAAGAAGCGCUGUGAGGAUCGCAAGCAGGAGUACAAGCAGUUAUGA